UAACAUUCUUCACCACUUCACACCAGUAUUCUGAACCUUCCAGCUGCAAGCUAUUUUCCAAAGAGAGGAUGCAGACUUUUUCUGUCUGUUUACUGUUGCUGCUUUGGGCAGAAUCAGACUGCCAGCAUUGGUCUAAAGCUUCAGGAUAUGCUUGGGCAACCCCAACUCCAGGAUAUGACUGGGUCACCCCAAAUCCACAGCAGCACUGGAUGAGACCCACUCCACGGCAACAAUGGAUGAGAGGCAGAACCUCACGUCCAUGGAGGCACUGGAUGCAACCCACUCCAGGAUAUGACUGGGUCACCCCAAAUCCACGGUGGCCCAGGAUGAGACCCACUUCUUCAUACUGGCGCAGGAUGAGACCCACUUCAGGAUAUGAUUGGGCAACCCAAAAUCCACGGUGGCCCAGGAUGAGACCCACUUCUUCAUACUGGCGCAGGAUGAGACCCACUUCAGGAUAUGAUUGGGCAACCCAAAAUCCACGGUGGCCCAGGAUGAGACCCACUUCUUCAUACUGGCGCAGGAUGAGACCCACUUCAGGAUAUGAUUGGGCAACCCAAAAUCCACGGUGGCCCAGGAUGAGACCCACUUCUUCAUACUGGCGCAGGAUGAGACCCACUUCAGGAUAUGAUUGGGCAACCCAAAAUCCACGGUGGCCCAGGAUGAGACCCACUUCUUCAUACUGGCGCAGGAUGAGACCCACUUCAGGAUAUGAUUGGGCAACCCAAAAUCCAUGGUGGCCCAGGAUGAGACCCAAUCUCCCAAACCCACUGAUUAGAGUGUACAGAUUGGUGAGCAACUAUGAGGACGCCGUCAUAGUUUCCUGUCAAUGUCACGUUCCCGUUCAUGGAAGCCAACUGCAGCUGAAGGUGGUGGUGGAAGAGCAAAGCUUCACAAUGAACUACCCCGACUUCAGCAGAGGAACAGAACACCUCUUCAAGAUCACGGUGUCUUCACCCGCUUCCUUCUCAUGUGUUCAGAAACUAGACGGCAAGACUCUCCUUAGCGAUGUGUUCAUCUUCAGUAAGCAUAUUGAGAGUCAUGGUUUCCCUGGACCAGAAGUGUCUCUGUCCUACCAGGCAUUCGCAGGAACUCUGGGCUGUCUGCUUAUCCUCAUGAUUUCUGGGAUGGUGGUGAUGAUGAUGAUGACUCUGUUGAAAAUACAGAAAGUGAAACAACGGACCUUCAAGAGAUUCCCUGUCUCAGAAGACACCAAGACUGUUUGACUCUUUAAACAUAGUCUUUUUUCAGUCACAGCGACAUAUAGUUUAUAACUGCUUAGAUAUUUGAUCUUUAAAUUCAUGUUUUUAAGUGGCAUAGGACAUAACGGUAUAAUGACCUAUUAUCCAAGACUAGUAUAUGAGCCAGGAUUAGAUCCAAACAGUUAGUCACAGUGCAGGUGCAUGUCUCAUGCUAGUAGGCUUUGAUAUUUUUGUAUGCAGCUAUGCUAUAGCAUCAAUGAGUAAAUGGCUUAAUUUCUUUCAUUUUGGACUAAUAAGUAUGCAUAUAUGUAAUAUUAGUCUUUUCUUCAGUCAAGACAGAAUAUAUGUACAUGCAGCAUGCAUGCUUACAUGCUUAUGUUUAUUUAGUAGAGUUUAAAAUACUUAAAUGGCUGAUAAAUCAUUACAUGAUUUGGAUUUGGCUUGAUAUAAUUCAGGUGUGUCUCCCAAUAAUAACAAUAUAAGUUCCAUCUUUUAAAUGUCUUGUGUUGAUUAAUUCCAGCUUGUCAAAUAAAUACUUAGAUAUAUUCUUCA